AUCGGCAUAUGCAUACCAUGGCUAUUCGACCAUCGAAACAAUGGGACCGUCAAACGGAUGUCGCUACAAGAACAGAACUUGCACCACCAAGGCAGGAGCAGUCGUGAUAUGGGAACCGGAACAAAGGAGAAUUGCAUGCAUGUCAUCGUCUCAGUCAUGAAGGGAACGUUAGUAGAUGAGGUUUGGUUAAGUGAUUCUGAGGCAUUGUCAUUCCUCACUGUACUAAUCAAUCUGAUUGUGGACAUUCUCUUAUUCAAACUGAUCACGGUUAUGCUGUAA